GAAGGAUAACUAAGUUUAAGAAUGGUAAACUAUCAAAGGUUACAUUGAUCAGAAAAGGGAGAAACAGUUUAAAAAACCAAAAUGAAGCUCAGAAAGAAAAAAGUUUAACUUGGUCCAAUGAGGUAUUUUUGUUUACUUUUACGCAAAAGCAAAAUAAUUUACAUCUAUUAAAUUUCAAUUUAGUCAACAUUUUACCAGUUUAUUAAAUUAUUUUGUAAAAAAUUAAUUGUGGCCGGUUUCUUAAAUUUGCUUGUGUUUGCUUAUUAGUUUUAGACUUAGUAUAAAUAUGAAAUAGAAACUGUUUCAAUGUGCAGGUGUUAAUGUAGGUAGAAAUUAAGAUAAUAAUAUUACAUCUGUUGCUCCAUUGUUUUUAAAUUCAAAAAAUUUUCUAUUUUAAAAGAUAGCUUGAAGUGCAUAAGAAAAUUAAAAAAUUCCAAAAUAUUUUGAAAUUUAUUGAAACUUUGCGCAUGUCCUAUAUCAAGUUUCUUGGUCCUUAAAAGAUUGUACUUGACCCAAUACACGUUAAUAUUGAAAGAGAGAAUUGUCAAUUUGAAGUACAUACUACCUAUCUAUGAUUCGUAAUUGCUAGAAGAAUAUAAGAGCCAUACUAGACAUUACUCAUUCAAAGUUAAACAAUUUUUCUUUUGGUUUUAGUAAUAAUAUGGACAUUAUUUGGUUAAAUAGUUGUCUUCAAUUAAAUAUUAACGAUCAAAUAGCUAAAAAAUGGUUUCAUAAGAUUGAAAAUAAAUUAUCAACUGAGUCUCAUAGAUUUUUUCAUACGUGGAAUGAAUUGAUAAUAAAAAAAGAACAGUAUUUAUUAGAUGUCAAGCCAAUAAUCAUAUUGGCCGUCUUUUUUCAAUAUUACGAAUUCAAUGUGGAGCACAAUUUGACCGAAAAAAAUUGUGCAGCAUUUUUGGAAUUUUGUGAAGAAGCAAAUUUUUCUGAUGAAGUUGUAAUCAAUCGGGUUAGAAAAUUAUUAGGAGAUGACUCAGUUGAAGAGUAUACAGGAUAUUCUGAAGAUAUUAAUUUAAUACAGGAUCUUAAUUUAUUAAUACUUUCAUCUUCAUAUGAAGAAUACGAAACAUAUUGUGAUUUAAUUAGAAAAGAAUACGCAACUUUAAAUGAUUCAUCUUAUAAUGGGAUGAGAUUGAAGAUAUUGGAAACAUUUUUAACAAUUCCGGCGAUAUACCAAACUCCAGAAUAUUUUUCCAAAUUUGAAAAUAAGGCUCGAGAUAAUAUUAAGAAUGAAAUCGAAAGAUUAAAAACGAACAAAUAGAAAUUGUAACGAAUCCUUAUUUUAGAAAAUAAUAAUUGAAUAAUAAAAUUAAAAUCAUAAUUGUGUAGUGUCUUGUAAAUUUGUAAUCAAAAUAUUUGAAUUGCUUAUCAGUGGAAUUUUUGAUGUAAUUUAAUCAAAACUUGA